AUGGAGCUGCUGGCGCUGCACACGCGGCGGCGGCGGCGGGGGGCGCUGCUCCCGCAGGAGCCGGGAGAACCGGAGCGCAAACGAGUAUGCAAGAGUUUAGAGACCGUUCCAAAUGAGAGUGAUUUUUGCCACCAAUUAAAUGAAUGUGCUAUGGAUUACUGGACUAUGGAGCUGGAUUCUAAACAGAAAGGUACCACAGAACAAUUUAUUCCUCAGACUCCUAAGGAAAAGCCAAAUUCAAUGAUUUUUCAAAAUCAUGGAAGCAAAGGUACUGCCCAGCCUUGCCCAAGAUGUAUUGCAGGAGAAUCUGGACACUUCAACCAUAUUAUGGGCUUCUAGAAGAAGAGAGCCUGCAAAGCAGCAAUGUUCAGUUUCUGUUUUUAAAACAUAAGAACAUGCAUGUGUAAAUGCCGUA